GUUUCCCAUCCGGAGCGGCGGCGCCGGGUGUGUGGUCUGUGGGAAGCCGCUGGUAGCCAGUGGUGCUAAAGGUGCGCCAUUUACAAACAAGGCAGGUUGAUGCCCUUGCGCCUGUUCGGAGUCCUGUCCUAGCGGCUAACAUGGUAGCGGUGGUGGUCAUGUGUGUCUGAGAUAUCCAAUCCGUGGGAGAGGUUUGAAGCUCAGAUGCCCCGUUCCCAUGAAAUUUCCACGCGACAAUUCUCGGCGCCGGGCCCCACUUCCACUGCCGCUGUCAACUCAGAUCAGCGCUCGAGCCCCAGUGAGCGUUGAAAUCUGGGGUUUUGGGGGCGGUUAGGGUGCCAAGCGCUCGGUUAUUCGCGGGGCUCAGUGAACCCCUCGGCCCAACGUCAUAUCUACAGUGUAUAAGCCGGCGCAAGCCAUAGGUGAGACCGCUAUGCGGGUUGUCGUAUCCCUUUGGUGCAGGAAGGAGGGACAGGUCAAUUCGACUGAACUUUUGAAUCCGAGAAGUCACUGCUGUCUUUGAGCGGUUGCAUCUUCUGUCAUUUCCCGUUUGAGAUGUUUUUGAACCAGAGCUCCCGCGUGGUGCGCCAGCAAUGGCGGCUCUCCAGCCGGCGACUAUCGUCUCUAAGUCAACAACACCGCGCGCGAGGACCAACCCUCAGGACUCCGCUAUCCCCACCGUUUGCGCCUCCCGCAAGGCUCUUCCAUGCAAGCAGGAGUCUCUACGUUGUAAAGCCUGUGUUGCUCGCUGAUAUUGGAGAGGGCAUUGUCGAGUGCGAAAUCAUCCAAUGGUUCGUCGAACCCGGGGCGCGCGUCGAGGAGUUCUCUCCACUAUGCGAGGUUCAAAGUGAUAAGGCUUCGGUGGAAAUCACCAGCCGCUUCGCCGGUGUGGUUAAGAAGUUGCACUAUGAAGCGGGCGAGAUGGCCAAGGUGGGCAAGCCGUUUGUCGAUAUCGACAUUCAAGGUAAUGCCAAAGAGGCAGACUUGCAGGCUCUCGCACCUGCUGAGCCUGUGACCCCAACAGAGCCAACUACAAAGAUCGAGAACCAGAUGGCGGCUCAGUUACCAAAGCAACCUCCACCACCACCACGAUCAGAGCAUAAGCCUGCACCGUGGAGCAAUGGGGUCUACGAGCAUACCUCACCUAAGCCUCAACCAGGCGAGAAGGUGAUUCUGGCAACUCCAGCAGUCAGAUACCUCGCCAAAGAACUCAACGUCGAUCUUCUCCAAGUCCAAGGCACGGGCAAAGAAGGCCGCAUCCUAAAAGAAGACGUCUACAAGUUCGUCGAGCAAAAGAACGCACGCCCAGCUCCCACCCCAAACCCCUUUACUCCCUCCUCCUCCACCACACCCACCAGUCAACAACAACAAGAAACCCCCAUGCUCCUCACCCGAACCCAAGAAAUGAUGUUCAAAACCAUGACCCGCUCCCUCUCCAUCCCCCACUUCCUCUACGCCGACGAGGUCGACUUCACCUCUCUGGUCGAGCUCCGCUCCCGCCUCAACAAAGUCCUCGCCAAACAACCCCUGUCUCUAGACUCAGCCACCCACCCGGUAGCAAAACUAUCCUACCUCCCCUUCAUCAUCAAGGCAGUCUCCAUGGCCCUAUACAAAUACCCUAUCCUCAACUCCCGCGUCGACAUCGACCCUGCCACAUCCAAACCCUCCCUCGUGCUCCGGAGUCAGCACAAUAUCGGGAUUGCAAUGGACACCCCCCACGGGCUACUCGUCCCCGUCAUCAAAAACGUCGGAUCACUCAACAUCCUCCAGAUCGCAGCGGAACUCACGAGACUUCAAAGUCUGGCUACGGAGGGGAAGCUGAGCGUGGGGGAUAUGUCCGGGGGAACGAUCACGGUGAGCAACAUCGGGAACAUUGGGGGCACGUACCUCAGUCCGGUGGUGGUGGAGAAGGAGGUGGCAAUUCUGGGGAUUGGGAGGAUGAGGACCGUGCCUGCUUUUGGGGAGAAUGACCGGGUGGUCAAGAAGGAGAUUUGCAACUUUAGCUGGAGCGCGGAUCAUAGGGUUGUGGACGGGGCGACGAUGGCGAGGACGGCCGAGGUGGUGAGGGGGAUUGUGGAGGGGCCGGAUGUGAUGGUUAUGCAUUUGAGGUAGAGUUACAUAAGCUGGAGGGGUUGUUUUUG